UGUGUCAGACCUUAUCUUUCCAGAAACGAGACAGUGCCUUGACUUAGAGGAAGCGUUGAGGUGUCAAUUAGUAGAUCAGCACAUCUUCAAUCAACUAAAACAACUGAGAGAUGCCAUUCAGACUUCAAGUGCCUUGAGUGGAACGAGUGAUGUCCAUCCUGCUGUUGCUGCCCAUGUUCGGAAUGUCCUCUCUGAGGUUCUUGUCCAUCAAGGUUCUUGAGGCCCAGCUUGCGACGGGAGGUCUGCAACUACCGGUUACUGGCGAGAAGCUUGGUCUGGAGGAAGCCUUCCAGCGGAAGUACAUCACUGCUCAGCUCUACUUCAAACUUACAGAGAGGCAGAAAAUGUGCAAGGAGCUGAUUGACCCAAGUACAUCCGAGAAAGUAUCACUGAUGGAGUUAAUGCGGAGAACCAUUGUGGACGAAGACACAAAUCUCAGGCUGGUUCCUGUGAGACCGCAGGAAUCCAGCACGGUCACUUUGAAGUCAGGCAGAGAGACCAAUGUUUUCCGGGCAGUCCAUGAAGGCCUUAUUGAUCGCGAAGUGAUGAUUAGGAUUCUGGGAGCUCAGCUGUUUGCAGGAGGGCUUAUUGACCCCCAAACUGAAAGGCGUCUCACGGUGGAUGAAGCCUUGGAAUGCGGUCUGAUUGAUCACGAUACAGCCUCCGCCCUCCUCACUCAUCAAGUUGAAUCAGGAGGCAUCGUCGACCCAAGAAGCGGUUGCAGAUUAACCAUGGAUGAAGCCGUACAAUGCAAUUUAAUAUCACCCAGCAGUGCUCUGUUAGUGUUGGAGUCACAAAAGGUGUUUAUGGGCCUUAUUUGGCCCGAUUCUGGUGAAAUAUUUUCUAUAGAUACAUCUUUGCAACAAGGAGUGGUAACCAAUGAAUUGGCCUGCAAAAUCUUGAGUAACAGGCAAAAAAUAGCAGCUCUUUACAUUCCAGAAAGCUCACUAGUGCUCGCACCUGAAGAGGCAACAGUGCAAGGCAUAAUAGACCAGAAAACAGCUCAUGUCCUGAACACAAUACAAAUCCCUGACUUAAUGCCCCGUACUAAUGGCUUUCAGCCUUCCUGUGCAGAUAUUUCGGACUGGGCUCCAGGUUCUGAAAUUGAAUCUUGUGCCGCCAGUGAUACUGUGGACACUGAAGAACCAGAUGGAGAUGAGAAAUCUCCAGAGAAUCAGAGGGACGUUCGGCAGAAGUUCAUGAUUGACUUAAUGAUGCACAGCUACAUGGACGCAGGCACAGGAAGGAGGCUACUGCUGGUAGACAGUGACUUGAAUGAAAAGGUUCAAAGGGUAAUGGAAGCAAGCAGUGAGGGUGAUCCCUUUGAAAAUUGGCAGGAAUUUAUUUGUGAUCAUGAAGGUGCAGGAACUAAGAGUCACCUGGAAUCCAAAGAGACUUCCAGAGACAAUGGCACUGAUAAAUGGCACAAAGAUUCUGAAUCAUGGCAGCCAGCGGUCGUGGGACGAAAGCAGCCCAGUGUUGCAUCUCAUGAACAAUAUGGCAAUAUGAACUGUGAAGAGCUGUUUUGGGUGCCUGAGCUCCAGUUAUUACCGAUCAGUGAAGAUGGGGAAGAGGCACGUUCUCAGACAGCGGACAGUCUCGGAAAUGCUGCAACUGGUGGCGACGGGGGAAGGACACUUCAGGCAACUGAAACUUUGGAGAAAUAUGCAGAGCCUCUUGAAGGAACAUCAAUCCAAAGAGCUUCAAGUCCACAUCUAGACCUGGAUGAAAGCAUUACGACGGCCAGUGGAAUCAUUCAUUCUUUGGGAAGUGAGUUGGAGAGCAAGUUGAAAGAGAAUUGGAAACCUGCAGAAGGUGAUGCCGCUCUUGAGGCUUCUCAAGAAAUGAGCACACCUUCAGAUUCUGGUGUACAAGAAAAGGUGACCAGUACCCUUCCUGAUGCAGUCCAGCAGAUGACUGAAAUUGUGCAAAGGACUCGAACUGACCAAUUGUUUCCAUCAUGUGAGUCUCAGGGAUUCACUCCAUUCCCCUUGGAAAUUGACUUCCAAAACGAGUUUGGCGAAGAUUUGAAGAAAAUGUUGGGUUUUGAUGGAGGUCGCGCAGGGCAGGAGGAAGAUCAAAUUCUCAGCAAUACUCAAGAUGUAAAAUAUAUGCUGGCGAACGCCACUGAGAGUGGUACAAAGGAUUUGAAUGUCGAAGGGUUUGCAGAACCCUCAGGAGUGGAAGGACCAAAUAAUGCAAAAGAAAAACGAGACAUUGCAGUCGAGCAUCACAAAACCUUGACAGAUGAAGCCAUGCAAUGUCUUUCUUUGGAACAGCAGGUUCCAACUGCAGGAGCUGGGUUGAUUCCACAUCCUUUAGAAUCUGAGGCAAGGAACUAUGAAGGCCCUGCAUGUGGAAGUAACAAAAUCACAUCAGUUCCCAGUCUGGAAGACAUUGCAGAUGCACAUGAAAUAGUGGAUUUUGUUGGUAUCCCAGGAGUAGAGGGGUUAAGUGAAGACACGAUGGAUGUAGCAUUGAAGAUAGAGGAAGACAUAGAGUUUGAUGUCGAUGACAUUGGUGCAUUUGAAGCUAAUGACGUUAUGUUUGAGGAUGCGGAUGUUGAGAACCAUAUUGUCCUUCAGAAGUUGAUGGAGGAAAGCCAAGAUUCUACAACUGACCGAGGCAGCAUGAAAAAAAUGAGGGAUGCAGGAGAGCAGAAUUGCAUUGUGACCAGUGAAACCUUGUCCAGUGCAUUUCAAGCUAACGACGUUAUGUUUGAGGAUGCGGAUGUUGAGAACCAGAUUGCCCUUCAAAAGUUUAUGGAGGAAAGCAAAGGUUAUACAAGUGACCGAGGGAGUAUGAAAGAAAUGAGGGUUGCAGGGGAGCAGAAUCACAUUGUUACCAGUGAAACCUUGCGGUCAAGUCCAAUGGAAACUGGUGCUGAAUGUACACACAGCAUGACUGGUACUGAGAGUCACGAAAGUGAGAAGCAGAGGGAAAUAACAAUCAUAGAAACGUUGGAUGAUAUUGCAGAUUUAGAAGACAGAAUGAUAGUGGAAGAACCGUUUGUUAUCAGUGACAUAUCACAGAAUGAGAAACCGUAUCGUGGCACUGAAAAUUACACGGAUGGUGCAUUGGGAAAUGAACGGAAUGGAUCAGAUGUGGGUGAAUGUAUACAUCAACAUAUAGAGUCCACUUCAGCAGUUGACAAUAGCGAAAGGUUGGAGGAGCAAGGCAAUUGUAUGUGUGGAAGGACUGGAUGA